AGGGAGCACUUGCCUAGUAAGCUGCUGUCACCAAUCCCUUGUUCAGCUUAUGGCAAUUCUAUAACCGAAGUACAGCUACAAGACAGUUCAGCCGUUAUUGUGAACCUGAAAAACGAUAUCCCGCUGGUUAUUGUACGAUCAAUAUCGCUCUAGCUAGCUGAGAACAUUUGCACAGUUGCACUUCUGCCAAUGGGAACGCCGUCAACAUCCAGGGUAAACGCUGUAUCGGAGGAGCUCACACAAGAUGUGGCAUUAUGUCUACGAAGUUUUCACGGUACGAAGAAUGUGGUAACAUACGAGAAGUUUUGUGAGCGUUUCAAGAAAAAUUUCAAUUACUCUAUCAAGGAACACUUGAUGAAGUCCCCCUACACCUUUUCUGAUGUUCUGGCAAAGGUCUCGGAAAGAACUCGAAUGAACUGUGUUUACGAUGAAGAAGAGAAGCUGAUAUUAAUGAUGGAAAAGUCCUCGGGAACUCCAGAACCUAGUGUGCCGCCAUCUAAACUUGUAUCGGCUUACCCUGCAAUGGAUUCAGAAGUAUUCUUCUAUCCUGUUCGACCCGUAUAUCCUUAUCCACUUUUCGCAGCCCCGCAACCGAGAAUGUUUCCUCGUAAAACUCCUAUGCCUAUGCCUAUACGUGUGCUUCCCCCUCCCGCCGGUCCUAGGCGACCCUUGAAUCAGAUGAGGGCGGCUGCUCCAUCUACAAGUCUAUCAGUACAGUACACUAUUAGUAGCCACUUUAGUACAAUCGACGAUAUUCGUGAUUACGGAUACAUGGGUUAUCCAGACUAUUUCUUAGAUGGUGGCGCAGCUGCAUAUGGCUACGCUUUUGGAGAUGGAAUGAUGGAUCCACAGGGCUUGACGCUGAACUUGGAAGAGACAGCAGAUGCCCAGUCUUCUUCAAAAUCAUUGGGAAAGAUGGAACCACCCUACCCGGACGACAAAACUCCUAUUGAUAAAGGCCUUCUAUCACCUAUCAGUAAUACUUCUCGAAGGUCUGCUGAUGAACGAAGUCUUAGGCUGUCCUUGGAUUACACAGGCGCUAGCGACGAAUCGUAUUACUGGGACGCUCUAGAAGAACUUUCACAAAUGAAAUCACCUAUGUCACCAAGAGAGCGAGCAUUAUGGGAGCGAUGUUCUCUACACUCCGCUCAUAGCGCUGACGAUCUGGAACCAGUUAUGCGCCGGUCGUCGGAUUCAUUUGAUGCAUUAGCUUCUUUGAAUCUAACAAAAUGUGCAAGCUGUAGCGAUCUGCCGAGCAUAUCAGAAACAGCAAGAAAACGAAGAGAAAGCGUUCCGGAAUUGCCAGCUCUGCGGAGAAUGGAGUUCUUCAUGAGGAAAACGGGCAAUCAGGCUGGAAGCCGAACGAUGAGGUCCCGCAUAUUUGACUCCAUGCGGCAGGGUAAAGAUCUUGCCAUCAAAGAGUCACUCAGAAGAAGCAGUCGUCAGUUAGACUAUGCUGUCUCAUGCUUACCUAAUGAUUACGCCCAACAAUUGAAUGAAGCUAAACAGUCAAGGAUCGAUGCAAAGAAGGAAUGUUUGCGAUUGUGGGGCAAAAAAGUGAAAAAUUUGCCUGAACUGUUGUGUUUUCUCAAGCUUUUCCAUAGUGUCAAGGGACCAAUGCUCAUCAAUGACUGCGAAUAUCACAUCGAGACAGUUGUGAGUGCAUCAAGUACACCCGGUAACUUGUCGUGGGCCAAGUAUGGACGGACAAUGUCUGUAACACGAAUGUUCGAGCUCAACAUGUUUCGACUUGUCGACCCCAGAGAUAGACGAAAGGUACAGCCGGUCGACUGCAUACUAAAAGCACGUUAUAGAAUGCUUCGUCAAGGCUUACAGAGCGAGUUAUACAACUUUUUGAAUGAGGCCAAAUUUGCAGCGAUAGAUGAAAUCAUUCAGCAAGAUAAAUUACCCUUCAUUUAUGAUGAUGAAGACUUGCGUCGAGAAGAGCUGCUGACCAUUAUCAACAGCACUUCAGAUGUCUUCCAAUUAGAAGAGGAAUUCGUACGACUUGCGAAUGAUGAGACUUUUUUCGUAGUUACGGGUAUCUCAGUUUAAGUCUUUGAUUUUAUAACAUGUCUAGCAUUUUGCCUUUUUUGAUUAUGAUUUCGCAGUAUUUUGAGUCUCUUAUUCUCGGUAUCGGUUUUUCUUGCCAUUUAUGCUUUAGUUUGCUUUACAAGUUGUGGUUUUAACGAGGAUAUCUCAUCAAAUCAGCUAGAUCUGCGGUUGAAUAUCUUAUAGUCAUUUUCCAGUGCCUUAUCUUCCAUUCUGCCGUAAUUGUUGACAGUUUGAAUGAAUAUUUGGAAUGAUUU